ACCACAAAUGAGCCUACUUCGGCCGAAAUAAGCAUCUGCUUGUAACAGGUACCGCUAUUACGGUGUAAAGGUCUUGCCCUCCCAACCCUCUCCUCUGCUGAGUGUAUUGCGGAGUAAAUAAAUCAAGCCCUGCCCCAAUUGCAGCCUUCUGUCCCCACACACCCACACACACAGGUGCGCAGACACUGACCCACAGCUUCGAACACGUGGGCCUCUGGACGAGGAUGACAAUGGAAGAGAUGAAGAAUGAAGCAGAGACGACCUCGAUGGUUUCCAUGACACUCUACGCUGUCAUGUACCCCGUCUUCAAUGAGUUGGAGAGAGUGAACCUGUCGGCAGCGCAGACCUUGAGAGCAGCGUUUAUUAAGGCCGAGAAGGAGAACCCGGGUUUGACCCAGGACAUCAUCAUGAAGAUCCUGGAGAAGAAAAAGGUGGAGGUCAACUUCACGGAGUCCCUGCUGCGCAUGGCCGCAGACGACGUGGAAGAGUAUAUGAUUGACAGGUCAGAGCAGGAGUUCCAGGACUUGAAUGACAAGGCCCGUGCACUCAAACACAUUCUCAGCAAGAUCCCAGACGAGAUCAACGACAGAGUGCGCUUUCUACAGACUAUCAAAGACAUCGCCAGCGCCAUAAAGGAACUCCUGGACACAGUCAACACAGUCUUCAGAAAAUACCAGUACCAGAACCGACGGGCACUGGAACACCAAAAGAAAGAGUUUGUGAAAUACUCAAAGAGCUUCAGUGACACACUCAAAACAUACUUCAAAGAUGGAAAGGCAAUAAACGUGUUUGUCAGCGCCAACCGGCUCAUCCACCAAACCAACCUAAUACUCCAGACAUUCAAGACCGUGGCAUAGACGGUUUCAACGACGCUAACCCAAGCUUUUAACAGAGUAUAGGAAACCCUUUAUAUGGAAAGAUUUAGUUUUUGGGUCUGUAUAAUUUAUAAGUCUUGCUUAAUGGGUUUUGGGGGAGGGAUCAUUUACAGUUGGAGGCAACCAGAUCGUAACUGGCAGAGCUAAUUUGUUUUGGUAUAUUUAAAUAUAUAUUCUCUCAUCACGAUCAUGCUAUCACAACAGGGUAUCUUUCUGUCAGCGUCGCUCCCCUUUUCUCCCACAUUCCACCUUCCUCCACCCACUCUUUCUUGCACUCUACCACUUUCUCUAACUCUGUCAAUGCGAAAGCCAAAAGACGGAGCUUUAUCGUGGCCCACGGAGGCAUUCCUUAAACAAAGUGUAAAUAAGGGGACUUCUUUUGUUGUUUCUUCCCCCAACUCACAUUCAACUUGAACAAUUGAACAUGAAGACGAUGACACAAGUUGUGUAUUUAACAGGUAUUUGGUUUCAAAACAUGCAAAUAAAUUUGUUUUAAAGAUUUUGGAAAGAUUUU